AGUCACCGUGCACACGAUCAGUUCUCGUAUCGUGCAGUAACGACGAACGUCUCUGAAGAGCGAAAUGCUGCACUCAGCAUUGAAAUCGUCAUUAAUUGUCUUAAUCGCGUGUGUCCUGGUGGUUCGCGGCUCGACGAAGAGGACAGCGAUAGGACCGAUCCAGGAAGCGAUUCAGAAUGGUGAUGCUGCACAGUAUAAUAAGGGACAGUGCGUAUGGAGGCGAGGAAAUGAUAGAGACUCCUGCCCUGAUCCCGAUGUAAGGGUAUUCCUUUACACGAACGAUCGACCCAGACGAGAAUUGGAUUCUAGAGAAUCAGACUGGCUACGACAGGAUUAUGAUCCAACCAGGGAGAACGUGCUCCUUAUACAUGGAUAUGCAGGCGGUGACGACACUCUCCCAAUAGCUGUCCUACGGGACGCAUACCUCCGAAACGGAAGUUACAAUGUGUUCCUCGUCGACUGGGGUGCUCUGUGUGCAGCACCCUGUUAUCCCGCCGCAGUGUCUAACCUCCGUCCUGUGGCUCGUUGCCUGGCGGCCACUUUGACCACCCUGAGGAACCUGGGUCUACAGAUCCCACGGACGACCUGCGUGGGCCACUCGCUGGGCGCCCACAUAUGCGGCGUCAUGGCGAACUUUCUAUUAUUCAGGAUGCACCGAAUAAUUGGUUUAGAUCCCGCCAGGCCAUUGAUGCGACCAGGCUACGUGAAUCGUUUGGACAGCGGGGAUGCAGACUUUGUCGAGGUGAUUCACACGAACGCCGGAUAUUAUGGAGAGAGCGGACGCAUGGGUCACGUUGACUUUUGCGUGAACGGAGGCAAGGUGCAGCCUUUCUGCGAAAACAAACAGAAUUAUCAGCUGUGCAGUCACGUCUGGGUCGUCUGUUACAUGGCUCAGAGUAUCGACAAUGGUGGUAAACAGCCUAUGGCAGAGCCUUGUUCUAGAAGAUGUCCUUCCGGGCCUAGAAUCGCUCCCAGAGCCGGUGAAUAUGUACCCAUGGGACAGCACACACCUUUAGGUACCAGGGGUUCUUUCUGCUUCACCAGCAAACACCCACCCUAUUGUCCUAAAUAUGGAAAUGGACGGGGGGAUGAAAGAUGCUGCGUGCCGGAGAAUAAACCUGUUACAUUCUAGGAGGUGAGCUAUGAAGGUGGAAUAUUUUUGUACCAUGAUAGAGUAUAAGACUGUAUAGGAAUCUGUGGAACUUCUGGUGAGCAGUAAAUAGAGUAGCUGAUAAUCUUAAUGAAUUAUUGAGUUUUUACAAAUUCAGUCAUUUAUAUAGGGAUACUGAAUGACAACAAUAUUAAAAUAGUAGUAAUACUGUUCCAAAUAACAUUUUUCCAUUUAUCAAGAAUUCUUGUUGUAUCCUAUAGAACAUGAAGUCUCAAUAGCUAAAUAUAUCUAAUUUGUAAUUAGUCAUACGACAUUCAACGUGUUAAAAUAAUAAGAAUUAAAGAUUCCGCGAAAUUUGAAACCAUCUAAACGUUAAGUUAGCCAUACCACAUAGGACCCAUCACAUGUAGCCAAAUGGAAAGUGGUUUAACCACUUGUCAUCAUAAGACGUAACACAGGAUAUUUGCUCAAAGUAAUCUGCUGAACGGACGAGUGUGAACAAUGUCUAGAUCGAAGAAAUUCUUCUUCGUUACCUAAUCGAUUAAAACAGGUGUACAGAUAUAAGUGGAUCUUCAUACGGUACAAUGAAACACGCGGUUUCAAUUCCGGAACGCGAUUGCGUAUUCAAAAGCGGUACGCAUCGUCCGGAAAAAUCUUGCGUUCGUGAUCUAUCGACCAAUCAAUCCCGUUAACUGUUCCACUGAACCUCGACAAAUAUAUUCACGACAAUGUCCAGCAAACAGACAACUGUUCUUCGAUCUUUCUUCACCGAGAGCCGUUGUGCAAUCUGUUAUCGCAAUGAUUUGCACGUUAAGGAAUGAUAAGCGGUUUCGUGAUGAAACACAGUAGGGUAAACUUUCUGGUUGGCAAGUAAAUUCGCGACUAUUUUUAAUAUUUUUCUACAAAAUUCUAUCUUAGAGCAAUAAACAAUUUAUCGUAUUAGAUUAUUAAUUCAAGUGGCGUUUACUUGAAUUGAAAAUAGUAAUUUGUGAAAUAAAAACUUUCAAUGAUUGAAAUUUUAUAAAGGAAGAUUGGAGAUUGUGAUGCAAAUGCAGCUUUAAGUUAGAACUAUUUUUAUACUGUUUAUUACUAGAUUUGAAAAAUAGUAUUAUUAUAGCAAAAUGCGUAUUAAAACCGAUUAGAUUAAAUAGUACUAAUAUCAACGCGCUACAACUAAUACACUGUCAUAAUGUACUGUAUUAUUCAAAAGCUAUUAUGCACUAUAAUAAUUUGAAGUAAGAUAGCUCUGUAUAAUAUGUAACAUAAUAUUUAGGAUAAUCGAAAUAAAUCUUCUUUAUUAUAAA